AUGGAAGAAGCGGUCGUGAAUUUGUGCAUCGCAGAGGCUGUUCGAGAAAAAUCUGCUUUAAUCCUGGGCAGUGUCGACUUUUUUUCAAUUUUAAGUGACGGGACCCAAGCUCGAAAGACGAAAGCUGAGAAAGAACUCGUUUUGAUUCGAACGGAAAGAAAUGGUAUACCUGUCUACAUUGUAGCGAGUUUACUCGAGAUGGAGAAAUUCGGCGGUGGGAAUGCAAACGCAAUCGUGAAAGGGAUCAACAGUUUGUUUAACGAGUCUGGUCCUUAUCGAAUGUCCCCAGAAGAUUACGAAGGGAAGUUGGUAAGCUCUACAGCUGACGGCGCAAGUGUGAAUACCGGCAAGUACAAUGGCGUGCUUACCCAACUCAAGCGAAACCGUCCAUGGCUUUUAACCAUACAUUGUGCAAACCACAGGAUAGAAUUGGCAGUAAAAUCGGCCUUCGACAUUCCCGAAUUAGCAGCUGUUGAAGAGUUCUACAAGACGAACUAUUACUUGCUGAAAAACUCUGGAAAGUUGAAAAGUCUACUGAAGGAGUGUGCUGCAUCCCUGGGAAUCCACUACUACGAGCUUUGUGAAUCAUCAACGCAGAGGGUUUAA